AAAAUGGGCCCAGUAGGUGCAGAGGCUGAUGAGAACCAGACAGUGGACGAAAUGAAGGUGGAGAAGUAUCAUCCAUGGCAAACCACUCCCAGAGGUGAGCUGGCCCCCGACCCUGAGCCAGAGCUUAUAGACAGCACCAUGCUGAUUGAGGUACGGAUUAUCCUCAUAUUAGCUUAUUGCUCCAUCAUCUUGCUUGGGGUAAUUGGAAACUCUUUGGUGAUUCAUGUGGUGAUCAAAUUCAAGAGCAUGCGCACAGUAACCAACUUUUUCAUUGCCAAUCUGGCUGUGGCAGAUCUUCUGGUGAACACCCUGUGCUUGCCAUUCACUCUUACCUACACCUUAAUGGGGGAGUGGAAAAUGGGUCUUGUCCUAUGCCACCUGGUUCCCUAUGCCCAGGGCCUGGCAGUACAAGUGUCCACCAUCACCUUGACAGUCAUUGCCCUGGACCGGCACCGUUGCAUCGUCUACCACCUGGAGAGCAAGAUCUCCAAGAGAAUCAGCUUCCUGAUUAUUGGCAUGGCCUGGGGCAUCAGCGCCCUGCUAGCCAGCCCCCUGGCCAUCUUCCGCGAGUAUUCGCUGAUUGAGAUUAUUCCUGACUUUGAGAUUGUGGUCUGUACAGAGAAGUGGCCUGGUGAGGAGAAGAACAUCUAUGGCACUGUCUACAGUCUUUCUUCCUUGUUAAUCCUGUAUGUGCUGCCUCUGGGCAUCAUAUCCUUUUCCUACACCCGUAUCUGGAGUAAACUCAAGAACCAUAUGAGCCCUGGAGCUUCCAACGAUCACUACCAUCAGCGAAGGCAGAAAACCACCAAAAUGCUGGUGUGUGUGGUCGUGGUGUUUGCGGUCAGCUGGUUGCCUCUCCACGCCUUCCAGCUUGCUGUGGACAUCGACAACCAUGUCCUUGACCUGAAGGAGUACAAACUCAUCUUCACCGUGUUCCACAUUAUCGCCAUGUGUUCCACCUUUGCCAACCCCCUCCUCUAUGGCUGGAUGAACAGCAACUAUAGAAAGGCUUUCCUCGCAGCCUUCCACUGUGAGCAGAGGUUGGAUGCCAUCCACUCUGAGGUGUCUGUGACAUUCAAGACUAAAAAGAACCUGGAAGUCAAAAAGAACAAUGGCCCCCAGGACUCUUUCACGGAGGCUACCAGCGUCUAA